AUGUUUGCGAUGGCACAGUUCCAACAAAGUAAGUGGGUUGGAGUCACAUUGGAUCUAAAAAAUAUGUUCUUUUCCAUCCCGAUAAAUGACCCAGAAGGAAUACUAAACAUGUGUAUUGAUGGCAUCAUGUAUAGGUGGACGGUCUGUCCACAAGGAUAUCGUAACACUCCAUCACUGGCCACUGGUGCCAUGAAUAACACCCUAAAAAGUUUCAAAGCUUCAUGCUCUCUUCCCCCAGAGAAGGAACUAAAGAUUUGGAGUUACAUUGAUGAUAUCACCAUCAUGGGUCACGAUAGUUCCGUAGUUACUAGUAUAGUCAAUCAACUAGUCACUCACCUUCAGAGUGAGGGAUGGACAAUCAACGAGGAAAACUCUUGUUUACAACCUGUAGAUGACAUUACGUUCCUUGGUACUCGAUACAUUGGUUCCAUCCGCCACAGAAUUUCUCAUGAGGGUCCUAACAUCAAUCCAUUGAAAAUAUUCUUCCCUACAACUAAGCUGUUGGGUCAUUUGAAUUGGUAUCGGCAUUAUAUUGAACCUAGUGAUUUGGCACUCCUCAACAAAUUGCAGCGACAGAUCUGUAAUAAAUCCAGAAAGUCUACGCCCUGGACAAAAAGAGAUCAGCAGAAUCUGCUUCGCCUGCUAGCUACGGUUAAAGAUACACAACUCCAUGCCAUCAAUCUGGGUGAGUCACUAACCGUAACCCUCAGGUUCACCACCAACCAUGUGUGGGCUGUCGCACAUAACCCUCACAAUGAGCUAGUAUAUACAGCCCAUAAGACGCUUCAAGCAGCACAACAUCGAUAUGGAGCUAUAGGAAAAAUCCUCCUAGCUGAACAACUGGUGGAACCUUUAACAAGGGGGCAUGGGACAUUACGCACUCCCGGUGCCACAUUGUUACCCUUGCUGGAUGCAGGAAGAGUUGACCUAGAUUUUCAGGGGGAAUCUAAGACCUGGAAUACACUAGUUCUUACCCACCAUUACAACUGGCAUUGUUGGAGGUUGGAGGACAUGGUACCUGAUCCAAGCCCAGAAGAUGAGGAGAAGGUCCCUACAUUGUAUGGAACUUCUGCCCCAGCAUGGAUGGCUUCAGAUGGAACCUCCCAACAUGGUGGAGGCUAUGGGUAUUAUUGCAAAGCUUGUAACAAUAAGGAAAUCUUUCAAGCUGACCCAGAUGAUAAUUCGGCCCAAAGAUGUGAAUUAUUAGGAUUCCUUAAGGUACUGGAACAUUGUUUGACACAUCAUAACGAUACACUCCCAGUUCCGAUCAUCGCAAUUGAUUCACAAUACAUUUAUAAAAUUCUUACGGGAACAGCUUUUCCCUCCAAGAAUUUAAAUGAUUGGCAAGAUAUUUGGGAAACGUUAACUAAAUUUGUGCGCCUUCCGUUGAUUAGGCACACUAAGUCCCAUCGUCCAGAUACCGAUCCAGUGCAUGAGGUAAUUGAUAAGCUCUUGGAAAAUCCACUCAGGACCGACAUAGUCUUGCCUGUCACAUCUACCUCUGGUCCUGAAGUAAAUCCAUUCCUCAUGUGGCUUCAUGAGAAUUGGGGUCACCCGGGACCACGAGCUUGCCAUCAACGUUGGUGCCGAACCCUUAUGGAGCCGGCCUCAUACGGAGCUCGGAGCGAUUGGGAAAAGGUAGCUCAGGCCUGUGAGAUAUGUGCUAAAGAAAAGUGCCAUAGAACCAAGCACCAACUAGGAGCUUUCGAUUCUUCACAGUUUCAAGCGGGAAAAGUUUGGCAGGUAGAUUUGCUGGGACCCCUCCCAGGGUCUAAGCUGCCAAAUAAAGGACUAGUUGUUGUCGAUUUGGGAACAAGACAGUUACAGGUUAUCCCCCUACGGAAAAGUAAUGCCACUGCUGUCAUUUCUGCUUUGACUGCUGUAUUUGCUACCUGGCAACCCCCUCAUGAAAUUCAGUCUGAUGGAGGACCCCCGUUUAACUCUAAUGCUCUAGACAAAUUCACUCGUCUUCAUAAUAUAGCCUGGCAUCUUCAUUUGCCGUACCACCUGCAGUCCAACGGUGUUGUGGAAAGACACAUAGGUCUGUACAAAGAGCAACUUUGCCUUAGAGGAGGAGGGACGUUUAAAAACUGGACUAAAUUUAAUCACGAUGUCCUUAUUUCACUAAACACCGCUAAACCGUUAUGGGACGAAGCUAAUGUCCAGAAACCUCCACCUUGGGAGCCCAAAUUCCAACCAGACGAGUUAGUGUGGAUUUCAAUACUGCACCCCCAUCAGUCUCAUCCACAAGUUCACAAAGGGACAGUCCAACGAUCGGGACAAUAUCCUAAUACCUAUUCUGUCCAAUUAGAAGAGAAGCCCGAUUGUCCUCCUAUUAUCGUUCAUCACAAUCGGAUGACACGCCGUUCCAACGUUUCCCCAGUAUCCUUACAGUAAAUCCAAUUAUGAGUCUUUUGUUUUGUGUUGUUGUUUUCUCUCUUCAUAGGACUGACCCUAGAAAAGUAGUAAUCCACAACCGCCCGAAUGUGAGAUUCAUCAAGCUCCAGACUGCAGUUCGUUCGAGUUAAUAGGGUGAUGAUUAAAAAGGAGACACUGAGACAAUGAAUGUUCAUUAGCUCAGGACUUAUUAUAACGUUAUUCACUCCCAUUUUAUUAAGUAUUUUAUUGACAUUGUCUGUUAGUAGGGAGGGACGGACUGACUACCAGACGAGGAGAGUCCCAAGCAGAUGUUCUCCAAUCAGACAAUGAUCAACAGUUGUUGUUAUAUGUUCAAAGUUAUUGUAUUUUGUAACUUGUUAAAAAGACCGGUCUAUCAAGUUGUUUAUAUAUAUAUUACUGGUUGUUAAAGCUUUGCCAGGUCAGUGAGUCCUGAAACAAAGAUGCCGGAUGAUAAGCUCAUGUGUCUAAAAUUCCAGUUGUGCCGUCGGCAAGGGGACAUGUCACAACCCAGUGAUUUUUGUGCCUCGGCACGGUGGAAUUUUCCUGCCACAUGAGAGCCUCUUGCAAAGUAAAAGGUUUUCUGUUGCUGCAGAAAACCCCCAGUGCAAGAGAGUUCCCACCAUUCGAAUGUAAAUUUGUGUCCCGCUAUUGGCCAGCUCUAAAUUAUGCACACGUGGCAGCUAGUAAUUGGCUUGCUAGCCAUUUAAAAUUUCGUGCGACUUCCACCCAAGUCGCAGAACUUUGAGCGUGCUGCAGAGUGCUUCUGAAGAGAUCUGACUCGUGGCUGAGCUGAUCGAUAGACUGAUCACCUAUCGAUUCUUCUCCCCGUCACUGAGCGCAAUCCCAGACGUAUCCUUUUCCCUGCCGGCCUGAUUUGUAGACGGACGUGCUGGCCUGAGCCCUGCCAGCUGGAACAACUAACGUAGUUGUUCAGAUGACCGGACCGUUUUCGUCACAACAGCAAGCAAUGUUGACUGAUCUCCUACAUCAGGCUUUAAACUAGCUCAGACAGGGGAGGGGAGGCGGAAGAAGGAGAACAUCAGGAACCUGCAAUCCAUGGGACAUUCAGCAGUAUAGCGCAGGUGUUCCCGGACUUCCCUGUUCAGCCAAGAGGAUUUCUUGGCCCCUUUGCCCCCUUUCUUGCACAAAGAGAUUGUCUCCUUCUGCGCCUACAGGGUUGCUCCCUUUAGGAACAACCACCCUUCCUGGACUCCUAUUUCACCAAUUCUCUUGUUCUUCAGUGCCUUGCUAACUAAUCUCCUGACCACACUGAAGUUAGCCUUUAUGAAGCCUAGCACUUCUGUCCUACUGGUUAUCUUUCCCACCCUAUGCUGGAGAAUGCAUCACAAAAAGUUUUCUUAAAACUGAGAUUACGGAAUGAUGUCAUUGAUGCAACUGAAACAACUUCUAGCCAAUGGGAGAGGGACUCACCAUAAGUGAAACAGGUAGAUCUCUGUACACAUUUAGCCCUUCUUCAAAAACUUUGCUGAAAUCCUUAGGAUAUCUUGAAUGAUAUCUGUUGAAAUGCUAUGGGCUCCUGUUAACUUGAUGCCUAGUGGUUUGAAUCAUUUCCCACCUAGUUAGCUUGCUUGCUGUCCUUUGGCAAUUGAAGUGGAAGACCCCUCCAUCCUUUCCCUAGUGGACAUUGACAUAAGAUUCUCCUUUUAAAUCAGUUUCUUGUUUAUUGUAGUCAGCAACUCUUGCAUGGGACACUAGGGAGAUGAUUUUGAGGACAAAAUGAUUUGUAUGUCUCUUAUGAUAUUAAGGUAUGGAAUUAUAAAAAAUUGAAGUUGGAAGGCACCUCAGAAGGUCGUCCAGUUCAACGCCCUGCUCAAAGCAGGACUAGCCCCAACUAGAUCAUCCUACCCGAAUCUUUGAUUAGCCAGGUCUUAAAAACCUGCAAGGAUGGAAAUUCCAUAACCUCUCUGGGUUAUCUGCUCUAGUGUUUUACUAACCUCUAGUGAGAGAGUUUUUCCUAAUAUCCAACCUAAACUUCCCUUGCUGCAACUUGAAACCAUUGCUCCUUGUUCUGUCAUCUGCCACUACUGAGAACCAUCUAACUCCAUCCUCUUUGGAACCCCCCCUUCAGGUAGUUGAAGGCUGCUAUUAAAUCCUCUCUGUCUUCUCUUUUCCAGACUAAAUAAGUCCAGUUCCCUCAGUCUCUCCUCAUAAGUCAUGUGUCCCAGCCCCCUCACCAUUUUUGUUGCCCCUUGUCCACAUCCUUUUUGUAGUGGGGAGCCCAAAACUAUACACAGGACUCCAGAUGUGGCCUCACCAGUGCUGAAUAGAGGGGAAGAAUCACUUCCCUUGAUCUGUUGGCAACACUCCUACCAAUGCAGCCCAGUAUGCCAUUAGCCUUCUUUGCAACAAGAAAACACUGUUAGUUCAUAUUCAGCUUAUUGUCCACUGUAACCCCCAGGUAUGCUUCGAUCCCAAGUCUGCACCCAUGACACAUGGGAUACCUUAGAGCAUCACUAUAAUGUCAAUCUUCUUAUUCUGUAGGGCUGGUAUUCCUACACUAAUGAUAAAUCCUAUAGACAUUUGUAUAUGUUCUACGGGCUGAAAGUUGAUUUGGAUCAGAAGCAAUAUUUGUGGCCACUGAAGGUAUACCCUCCUUCUUUGACGUCUUCCUGGAUGGCUUGAAUUUUUAACAACAUACACAUUCAACGUGACAUUUUCACUUGCAAUGAUGGCAUUCAGUGUCUCGGAAAUGGCAUGUGUCACAUCUGUGGUUCCCAGCACAGUUAUAGCAGCUUGCUAGGGGUGAAGAAUAUAUUUUCUUGUGAGCUGAUAGUAACUUCUUUAGAGAAUUCCUUUCAGAUUGCAUUUUGUAAGUCUCAAUUGAUGUAAUCUUUGCAGACAGUGUUUGGAUCAUCUUUGAACAGAGAGACGCAGGCUUGAGUUCAAGUACUUCUUCUAUUAAGUUUUGCUUUGCAAAGAGUCUGCCUUGCAGGGCUUCAUCUCAACCUUUGCAUAUGAGUCAAUCCCUCAGUAAAAGCUCAAGACUCAAAAUUACAGUUCUUGGGCAGCUGACAUAACUCGACUAUGCAUGCUGCAAUCCCUUCAUUUGCCAGCUGAUUGCACUGGCUGGAAUACAGCUGUGUUUCAGAUAGACUUGGUGCAUGAUCUGAGACCUGAGGAAGGAAACUAAUACCCAAAAGCUUGCCUACGUCUAUCCCAGCUAUGAAGAUGGUCCAAUAAAAGAUAUUAUCCACAUGAAUUCUUGAAUUCUUGCCCCUCGCAUAUUUCUUGGACUAUUGCGGUAACAUCACCUCAAUGCUACCGAAAAUGCUGUAAGAUUUUAACUGAAUUUUUUAGCAAAAUAAGUGUGGCAUAUAUUAUUGGCAAGGUGGAUAUCAACAUUUUUCUUCUACCAAAAAUGAAAUGAAAAUAUUAAUAACCAUUUCAAAUUAUUUCAAAUGCUCAGUGUUUUUUAUUAAAAAUUGAAAUUUUAAAAUGGUAAAAUAUGACCUUUACAAAUAUAUAUAAAUGGGUCUGGACCAAAAUAUUUUCAGGCUUUCAAAAUCUUUCAUGAAAUUUUCAUUUUGUUUUCUAGUCAGCAGUGUAUAAAAUUGAUUUUCCAGAGCAUACAUUUAUGGAGACAGUUACUGUGAAGUUCUAAUACAGUGCUCAUUUAAAAAGCUCUUCACUAUAAAGCCACCCCUGUAAAAGGUUAGUGUACUGUGGUUCUUAACCAUUAUUGAUGUCUGCUAUAAAUUUUCCCUUUCUGCAUCACAGUAUAAAAAUGAACAUAAUACAUAAAGGAAUUGAAUUCCAUAGUUCAGGAGCUUAGUGUGCCAAUUCACUUGAUCCAUAAAACAUAGUCUGCACACAUGGAGCAGAUUAAAGACAUUUCAAAGGUGAAUGAAGGGGACUAGUCUAACCACAUACAUAGGAUGCAGUCAUGUCCUGUAAAGCUUUUUUCUAAAUGAGUGCCAAAAUCUUAAAAUUAACCCAUUUCUCUGCUGACUGCCAACAGAAUGCUCUUGACUACAUACCAAAUAAACCAAAUGCAGACCCAGUGUGAUUGCAACUUCUUUGAAGUCACUCAAAAAAACUUAGCUUUUCAGUGUUAGGGGAAUAUCUGCUGAAAUACCAUCACCCCAAAACAUAGACAAGACAGGAUGAAAUAAAAGUAUGCUUUGAGAAUACAGAAGCCUGACUGACAACAUACUUCUCAAAAUGUGUCUUAAAUUAUACAAUUACUAUGUACUUCAUACAAAAGCUAAAAACCCACUAUUAACAGCAUUACCUGGAUGAUAAAGAAAACUGCCACUAAAAGAACAAUCAGACAGGGAAGCUCAAGAGAAUUGCAAUAGAGAAACAGUCAAUAGCAGCUCAGGAUUAUCUUAACUUUAAGAAAAUGUGAGAUGUGCAUGACUGCUUCAUGAAAAGCUUCAAACUGGUUCAAGCAGAAUAAGCCCCAAAAUCAUCUGCAUACACAUGAACCGGAUCGACUGCAGGGCAUUCAGGACACAGGAGAGAUGCAAACCUGCUGAACCCAGGUCAUCCAUUUAAGUGACUGACGGUUUUGAGAACUGUACAGCAAUUGAAUCAAUUCAGUUACUGGUAAGAAUAUCUCAAUCCUUAUUUCCCACAAGUGCUGCCUUCCUAAUGGAAAUGUCACCUUUUUAUGUACACAUUGCAGAGAGCUAAAGAAUGUUAAUGAACGUCAAGCCCACAUUUCUCUCAGUGGCUGGGUUUCUGAAAGUGGUUAGAGCAGUGGACUGACUACUGCAUGCAUACAUGCUAAUCAAACCUCCAUCUGCACAGGAAGCUGCUUACUGAAACAGACAAUUGUAUGACUCCCUGCAAUGCUGCUCAGGGAAUGGGGAACAGAUGGAGUGAAUUGAAUUCCCAGGGCCUGUAACUGCUAGGGGAUUCCCCUCUGACACUUAAGUCUUUGAAAUAAGAACAGAAAGUUUUCUAAGCUGUGGAAAGCAAAUUUUACUCCCUUGUAACUUUUCCAUUUAUUUAAAAGGCUUUUCCAGCAGAGAAAAUCUUUCCUUACAACACAUAUAAUAACUGCCCUAGAUAUGUGGAGUGGUCCCAUGGUGCGGUCAGUAGUUGUCCUGCCAAUUUCCUUUUCAACUAAAUCAUGAAAUUAUGGAAUGCCAACCAUGGGACAGCAUAAUAGCCUGAUGAUUGGCACUUAUGUGCAGAGAAUAUUAAGUAUCCUACUCAUUGAUUAAUUAUUCUUUGGGUAUUGCAUAGGGACAGGGCUAGGUUAUAGGUGACUAGUGGAUGAAGACAGGUAAAUGGAACAUGGGACUUAUGAAGAGCCCAAGGAGCAGAGGUCACUUGCUGCCUUUUGACUGUACAAGUUUGUUAUGCCAUGAAAGUUAAUUGAGAUGUUGGAGCCGAACAUUAGGAGAAAUAACCAGGAAAGAAUGAUUUUGGUUUUUUUUAACAAACCAAUUUUAACAAUGAUAAUUGUAAGGCAUAAUAAGGACUAACAUUUAAACAGCAGCCUCUAUGUCUGUAUCCAUUAUUAAAUAGAUGCUCUCCAUUUUGAUGAUUCUGGAAGGCUGAAGGACCAUUUUUAGGGUCUUACAGUAGAAAGACCAAGAAAAUUUAGUCUCACCUAUGGUUCUCCUGAAACAGAGGUGAUGGGAAUGACAAGAGCAGCUCUGACUUACCUCCCUUGUCCAAUACUGGGCAGCUAGCAAGAAGCUCUGCUAUAUUCUGCUACUGAUUUAGAUGACCCACCAUUAGAAAUGCAGAUUACAAUACAACUGUGGGUUAAAACUAAGUAGGGACCAUAUUUGUAUCUCUACUGGCAAAACCAUUCUUCUGAGAUGGGUCCUGUUCCUGAGACCACUCCUUCCCUUCGUUCCUCUACAGUUCCCAGCAAUGUAGUCUAAGGAAUCCUUAGAGGAGUCGAAUCUGUCAGUGACAACAAUAUAAGAAACCAAAAUGAUCCUGCCAAGAGCACCUAUCUCCUCCUCCUGGCAAAAGCAGAAGACAGCUACUCUUUGCAUGGAUUUGGUUUAAUGUAGUAAAGCUGUAAAUAUUUGUUUUAAGAAUCCAUCAAAGCAGAGCAGCCUCAACUAAUAUUUCAGUGAGUUCAAUAGUUCAAAGAUACUGGCCCAGCUAAAUCAAAAAAGAAUUUAAAAGAUAUUACUAAUAUUGGUUAAUAUUUAGAGAGCUUUUCUUCUUCCUUUCCUGCCAGAUGUUCAUCCCAUGGACAUGUAAUGUCUAUGAUAGUGAUUUUUUAUGGACAUGAACUUGGGACCUUUUGAGGCUGUCUGGUUUUCUGUCUUCCACUGGAUUAUCUGAUCACAGCCCAAAGGAAUUGUCACAUUCUUCAUUGUGUCACUGGGUCAGAUCUGUGUUCCCACCAUUUCUGACCCUAAGGAUAUGAUCAUGGCUACACAGGUCCCAAGGAAAAGUAUUGGCUGAUUGGUUAGCCUUUUCCAGUGUGCUAUUACUGCCAGCAUAAGGCAGUCUGACAAAUAAGCAUUUUAUUCUCAACCUUGAGUUACAGCUUCUACACAUAUGUGUGUGAUUUCACAGCUUUUCAAAACAUAUUAUACUAUCUUAUUUGUGUAUUCAGCCCAGUUUUUGCAGCAGUAAUGAAGACUUCAUUUGACAGUUUUAAAUGAGCUGUUCUUAGGCAUUCAGAGGAAACCUCAUCAGUACUAAAAUGAGACUUCAUUGCAAAGAUGCUUAUUACUUGCACAGUUUUCAGGUGUCCAGAUUAAAACAUCAUUUUCUACUUUGUCUCAUGUAAUGGCCAAAGUAGUGCUAAGGCACCUAAAUUUCAUCCAUGUCCACAUUUUCACCUAGAACUACAAAGUGAAUCAGUAGUGCUCUGGAGUCAUCUAAUUCCAGCUGUGCUCUGUUAGGAUUCAACUUUGCCAUGGUUGCGCAGAAAUCCUGUGAAAACUUCCCAAUUUUAGAUGGACAAAAACCACACUACGAAUUCUUUGAUGCUGAAAUGAAACUGUGAUGGUGGUGGAACCCGCCUUUUGCCAAAUGGCUAAGGCACCAGGCUAGGAAAGGAGAGAUGCAGGCUGUAGCUCCACCUUAUUGUGAGAAAAAGCCUGUCUUUCUACAUCACAGGAAAGUGUUCUCCAGAGCAUGAAAGGAGGGUGGAAGCAUCUUUGCAGACAGGCUCACUAACCUAGUGAGGAGGGCUUUAAGCUAGGUUUGCUGGGGGAUGGACAUCAAAUCCCUGAGGUAAUUUGGGAAGUGGGAGAAGCACAAGAAGAAGGGGGAAGCAGGGGAGGCCUCCUCAUUCUUCCUGAGAAAGUAAGACAAUCUGCUAGUUAUCUCAGGUAUCUCUACACAAAUGCAUGGAGUCUGAAAAACAAGCAGGAAGAACUAGAAGUCCUUGCACAGUCAAGGAACUAUGGCAUGAUUGGAAUAACAGAGACUUGGUGGGAUAGCUCGCAUGACUGGAGUACUGUCAUGGUGAGGUAUAAACUGCUCAGGAAGGACAGGCAAGGGAGAAGAGAAGUAGUACAUAAAAGAGCUGUAUAAUUGCUCAGGCCUCCAGUAUAAAACUGGAGAUAGGCCUGUUGAAAGUCUCUGGGUUAAGGUUAGAGGGGAGAGCAACAAGGGUGAUGUCAUGGUGGGGCUCUGCUAAAGACCACCAGACCAGGAGGAUGAGGAGAUGGGGCUUUCACUAGCAGACAUUUCUUGAUCAUAGGACCUGGUUCUCAUGGGGGACUUCAAUCACCCUGACAUCUGCUGGGAAGGAAAUACAGCAGUGAGUAGGCAAUCUAGGAAGUUUUUGGAGAGUGUUGGGGACAACUUCCUAGUGCAAGUGUUAAAAGGACCAACUAGGGGUUCUGGUCUUCCUGCUGCUCAAAACAGGAAAAACUGACAGGGGAUGUAGUAGUGGAUAGCAACUUGGGCAGCAGUGACCACAAGCUGAUUAAGUUCAGGAUCCUGAGAAAAAGAAGGAUGAAGAGCAGCAGAGUAAGGACCCUGAACUUCAGAAAAGCAGACUUUGACUUGCUCAGGGAACUCAUGGGCAGGAUCCCCUGGGAGGCCACUCUGGGAGGCCACUCUGAGGAGGAAAGAAGUUUAGAAGAGCAGAUAUUUUAAAGAAACUUUACUGAAGGAGUAGGAAUUACCCAUCCCAAUGUGCAGGAAGAAUAACAAAUAUGGCUGGUGGCCAGCUUGGCAGAGCAGAUAACUCUUCAGUGAGCUAAAACACAAAAAGGAAGCUUACAAGAAGUGGAAGACAGGUGUCUAGGGAGGAGUAUAAGAAUAUUGCUCAGGCAUCCAGGCAUGAAAUUAGGAAGGCCAAAGUUGGAGUUGCAGCUACGAGUGAUGUGAAGGGUAACAAGAAGGGUUUCUACAAGUAUGUAAGCUACAAGAGGAAGGUCAGGGAAAGUGUGGGUCCCUUACUGAACAUAGGGGCAGAUGAGGAGGAAAAGGCUGAAAUACUCAGUGGCCUUUUUACCUCAGUCUUCACAGUCAAGGUCAGCUCCCAAAUUACUAUACCUGGUAGCACAGUUUGGGGAGGAGGUGAGCAGCCAACACUGGCAAAACAACAGGUUAGGGACUAUUUAAAAAAGCUGGAAAUAUACGAGUCCAUGGGGCCAGAUGCAAUGCACCUGAGGGUGCUGAAGGAGUUGGCAGAUGUGAUAACAGAGCCACUAGCCAUUAUCUCUCAAAACUUGUGGUGAUCAGGAGAGGUCCAGAUGAUUGGAAAAGGGCAAAUAUAGUGCCCAUCUUUAAGAAAGGGAAGAAGGAGAAUCCAGGGUACUACAAACCAGUUAGCUUCACCUCAGUCCCUGAAAAAAUCAUGGAGCAGGUCCUCAAGGAAUCCAUUUCUAAGCACUUGGAGGAAAUGAAAGUGAUCAGGAACAGUCGGCAUGGAUUCAGCAAGCACAAGUCAUGCCUGACCAACCUGAUUGCCUUCUAUGAUAAGAUUACUGACUCUGUGGAUUAGGGAGAGCAGUGGAUGUGAUAUACCUUGACUUUAGCAAGACUUUUGAUACAGUCUCCCACAGCAUUCUUGCAAGCAAGUUAAGGAAGUAUGGGUUGGAUAAAUGGACCGUAAAGUGGAUAAAAAGCUAAUUGGAUUGUUGGCCUUAACAGGUAGUGAUCAAUGGCUCAAGGUUUAGUUGGCAGUCAGUAUCAAGUGAAGUGCCCCAGGGAUUGAUCCUGGUUCCAGUUUUGUUCAAUAUCUUCAUUAAAAAUCUGGAAGAUGGGAUAGAGUGCACCCUCAACAAGCUUGUGGAUGACACCAACCUGGAGGAAGUAGUAGAUACACUCUAGGCUAGGGCGAGGAUUCAAAGUGAUCUAAACAAAUUGGAGGAUUGAACAUGAGGUUCAUUAAGGAUAAGUGCUAAGUUCUGCACUUAGGAUGGAACAAUCCUAUACACUGGUACAGCCUGGGGACUGCCUUUCUUGAGCCAAAAGUGUGAACUUGUUGCCAAGGCUAACAGCAUACUAGGCUGCAUUAGUAGGAGCGUUGCCAGCAGAUGGAGGGAAGUAAUUAUUCCUCGCUAUUCUACACUAGUGAGGCCACAUGUGGAGUACGGUGUCCAGUUUUGCCCCUCCCCUCCCCCAUCCCCCCCCCCUUACAGAAAUGUUGUGGGCAAGUUGGAGAGAGUCCAGUGGAAGACAACAAAAAUAGUAAGGGGGCUGGGGCACAUGACUUCUGAGGAGAGGCUGAGGGAACUGAGCUUAUUUAGUCUGCAGAAGAGAAGACUGAGAGGGGAUUUAAUAGUGGCUUUCAACUACCUGAAGGUGGUUCCAAAGAGGAUGGAGUUAGACUGCUCACUGGUGGCAGAUGACAGAACAAGGAGUAAUGGUCUCAAGUUGUAGCAAUGGAAGUUCAGGUUAGAUAUCAGGAAAAACCUUCUCACUAGGAGACUGGUGAAGCACUGAAUGAAUUACCUUGAGAAGUUGUGGAAUCUCCUCCCUUGGAGGUUUUUAAGGACUGUCUCAAUAAAUCCCUGGCUGGAAUCAUCUACUUGGGGCUGGUCCUGCUUUGAGCAGGGGGUGCAUUAGAUGACCUCCUGAGGGACCUUCCAACCCAAUUUUCUAUGAUUCUGUGAUAUCUGUGUGAUCAUUCGCUAGGCUAGAACAGUUUGUUGUAACCACAGUAGGUAUGAGGUCAAGGCCCUGUGGAUGAAAGGGGAGUAGAACCCAUAUUUCCCAUGACACAGAAAAGUGCUUUAACCAUUCUACUAUUUAUAGAUGAGCUGCUGGAAUUUUAGUGAGAUGAAGUUGCCCACAUACAUGUUUAUCUACUCAGCUCAGGUCAGAAUCGCUGCCAAAAUACAUGUGCCUUACACCGUAAAAGAGAAGCAGAAUUCUAAUUAGACAGAUGCAUCUUAACAGAAGUUAAACUUCCCCAUUGAAAUGAAAGAGCCCACACUUCAAGGGUAACCAAGGAUCCAUCUCUGAAAGCCUCUAAGUGUUUCCUAUUGAAGUGAAAACAAGUGCUGUAUGGUUCUGAAAAGCAAAACAGAAUGCAACUCCGGGGACACACUAGCUAUAUACUAGCUCCCCACAGAGUAAGAGACAGUUUCUUCCUCAAGGAGCUUGCAACUUAAGACCUUAAUGCUGCAAAACACUGCUUUUGGAUAUCUGCCUGAUGCAUCUCUUGUGCAAGAUCAGAGCCUCAAUAAGAAACUGCAAGAUGAGGAUAGCUGCUCUUAGUCCUGUCCCUAUGCCAUGCAAUAAAAUGCUAACAAGCUUGUCAGGAGGGAAAUUUUGAUUUUUAUUUAAUUAUCCAGUUCUGUUUAUUUUUAUACUCUGCCCUAUCCUUUCAUGUGCAUGAUAUAACAACAGCAACAGAGUAUACAGAACAAGCCAAUAUUGAAAUAUACAAUUCUCUUC